CUUCCUCACACUUCUCUCUUCCACAAUCUCCACUGCUCCAUGACAAUGGAAAGAUCAAUUACAGUUUUCAAGUUUGCACUGGUUGCUUCUUUAGCUUCAGCACUUGUCCUUGUGGUUCAAGCCCAACAAAAUCCAGAAGGUUUUAUCAACAUCGAUUGUGGGGCAACUAAUGAAUACACUGACAUUGACACCGGCAUAAUAUACAAAACCGAUGAAGGGUUCAUAGACUCUGGAAAAAACGUGCAGCUAUCCACGACAUUCUCCGAUGAGCUGUUGAAGAAUUUAAGGAGUUUUCCCAACGGAACGAGAAACUGUUAUAGUUUAAAACCAGACCAAGGCAAGAACAACACCUACGCGAUUAGGGCAACAUUUUGGUAUGGGAACUAUGAUGGGAAGAAUCAGGCUCCUUCAUUCGACUUGUACGUCGAUGUUAAUUAUUGGACCACGGUGAACUACUCGUAUAACAGUUGGGAAGAAAUCAUGUAUGUGUCCCAGGCAGAUGAUAUACAAGUGUGUCUUGUGAAUACUGGCAAAGGGGUGCCCUUCAUUUCGGCAUUGGAACUGAGAGCUUUUGAUGAUGAUGGCAUCUAUCGAUUAAGAUCUGGAUUCUUGUUACUCGAUCAGCGAUAUGACAUCGAUCAAAGCUCGAACUCUACCAUAAGGUACCCUGACGAUAUUUACGAUCGGAUCUGGACAACUAUUAACAUUGAUGACUGGUUCUUUCUGAAAACCGCGUCUCCCAUUAAUUUAUCUGACAACAACGAAGCAUUAAAGUACAAGGUUCCCUGGACAGUUCUCCAGACUGCUCAAAGAUCAAUGAAUGCCAGUUCUCCCUUGAAUUUCCGGUGGCCACAUUGGUACCACAGACAGAAAUGGAUUGUAUACUUUCAUUUUGCGGAGAUUGAGAGACUGGCGAGUGGCCUGCAGAGGGAGUUCACAAUUUCCGUUAAUGAUUAUCAAUUCACGAAGACGGUGAGCCUUGAAUACUUAAAGCCAGUGGUUGUAGUUUCCACUCCAGUCAACACGUCGCUCGUCACCUUCUCAAUUGAAUCAACAAAUGAGUCUGGAAAACCGCCGAUCCUCAAUGCUGUGGAAGUCUAUGCCGUUAUUGAACUUCCAAAUGUACCCACAGCACAAGAUGAUGUGAAAGCUAUCAAUGACAUCAAAGCUACAUAUCACAUUAAGAGAGAAAGCUGGCAAGGUGAUCCGUGCGUACCGCGCAACUACACAUGGGAUGGUCUAAAUUGUAGCUAUGGAAAUCCUCCAAGGAUUAUAUCGCUGAAAUUGAGCUCAAGCAAUUUGAUGGGCGAGAUAGUCUCAUCACUUUCACAUCUGUCAAGAUUGGAAUACCUAGAUUUGUCCGACAAUCAGCUUACAGGAGCAAUACCAGAAACUCUGGCAGAAUUACCAAAUCUUAAAUUUCUAAACUUAAGUGGAAACAACCUGAUAAAAUCAGUUCCUGAAGCUCUUAAGAAAAGGGUUGUGGACAAUACUUUAAACAUGAGUUUGACAGGAAACCCGAAUCUUUGCCAUGCUGAUCCUUGCCCGCAGAAGAAGAAACAAAAUACCAUCCUCGUUCCAGUUGUUGCAUCAGUUUCAGGCUUCUUUGUAGUUCUCUUUGGUGCUUUGGCUACUAUUUGGUUAAUUAAAUGGAAACGGAAAGCAGGAUCUAGUGAAAGGACGCUGAGAUUAAAGAAUCGACCUUUCAAGUAUGGAGAGGUUUCAAGAAUCACUGGGAACUUUGGACGAGUGAUUGGUGAAGGUGGAUUUGGAAAGGUUUAUCUUGGUACACUAGAUAACGGCACCAUGGUUGCUGUGAAGAUUCUCUCUAAAUCAUCAAAGCAAGGGUACAAGGAAUUUCAAGCCGAGGCGCAACUCUUAACGAUUAUUCACCACGGAAACUUGGUUUCUCUGUUUGGAUAUUGCUGUGAUUCCAAGCACAUGGCUUUAAUAUAUGAAUACAUGGCCAAUGGAAAUUUAAGGCAACAUUUAUCAGGUAAAGUUAAGAUGCAUCCAUCAGAGGACCAUCCGAAGGCCUUGACAUGGAGUAAGAGACUACACAUAGCUGUAGAUUCAGCACAAGGUUUGGAUUAUUUGCAUAAUGGUUGCAAGCCACCCAUCAUCCACAGAGACUUGAAGACGACAAACAUCUUGUUGAACGAAGACUUCCGAGCAAAAAUAGCUGAUUUUGGCCUGUCAAGAGCUUUUGCGACUGAAAACGACUCUUAUGUGUCAACUUGUCCUGCGGGCACUCCUGGCUACCUUGACCCCGAGUUUCAAUCUUCAGGAAACUUAAACAAGAAGAGUGAUGUUUAUAGUUUUGGAAUCGUACUCUUUGAGUUGAUCACGGGCCGACCCGCAAUAAUGAGAAGCCGGGAUGGCAACACCAGCAUGCACAUACUUCAAUGGGUGAUUCCAAUAGUUAAAAAUGGUGAUAUACAAAGGAUUAUGGAUCCAAGUUUACAAGGAGAAUUCGAUAUCAACUCGGCUUGGAGAGUAGUGGAGAUUGCUAUGUCUUGUACGCGAUCGACGGCGAUUCAUCAAAGGCCGGACAUAAAUAAUGUAUUAGCAGAGUUGAAGGGAUCUUCGGUGAGCAAAUCGAGUGGUUCUUUUAAAAUGACCUCCCUGGAGCUCCAUUCUGACAAUGCCCCUGUGGCAAGGUAGCAGAACUCCAAUCCAGAAAGGCUAUUUUCUUUUUAGGUAAAAGAUUAACCUUUGUCCGCAAAUUUGUACUUUUUUUAUUUAUUUUCGAUUGCAUCAUCCAUUUCCCUUUUCUUUUCUGUGAUUGAAUCUUCGAAACUCGCUUUAUAACAAUGAUAUCCUUUCGUCCU